AUCCAUCCAUCCAUCCAUUUUCUACCGCUUAUUCCCUUCGGGGUCGCGGGGGGCGCUGGAGCUUAUCUCAGCUACAAUUGGGCGGAAGGCGGGGUACACCCUGGACAAGUCGCCACCUCAUCGCAAGGCCUAGUCUUCUUAAAAUAAUUUAUAUAAUUAAUAAUGAAAUCCAGAGGCAAAUUUGUACAUUAUUCACUGUUACAAGCUGAUGGCAGCCAUAACUGCGAUGUUGCCCUCAAUGAAAACACGUUUGACAGCCCUCAAUUUUAGGUCAACGGUAUUCAAAUCAAAUUUAAAGAAGAAUUUCAUCAAAUUCAAAUUGCAAUAAUUCACCGAGCUGAAAGGCUUGCGGAAUAUGUACAUGCGAACACCUUGCUUUAAAUCAUGCAUAACCCUUGAGAACUAGCAUCAAAAUUCAAAUGACCACUGUGAAGAACACUGGUUCUCAUGGUAAUAUUAUGCAGAAUAAAGGCAUUUUUUCCCUGAACAUUUUGGUUCAAGUCUCUGUAUACGACUGAUAGGAUAUUGUUGUUCCAAUGUGCAUUCAGUCACUAAUGCACUUCAUUAUAGUGCUACAGGAAGAGUGUCCUCCAAUAUACACCAAGUGGGCUAAUGCAAACCCGGGCCACCAAAAAUCAAACUAUUGACAGAACAACAGCCUACCAGCUUAUGAAACAUGUUUCUGUCCAAAGGCAAAGUGGAAAGGUCAUUUCCGUAUCGCUUGUAUUCCGUCACGUGACUUCUUCCCGGAAGUGAAAAUCACUGGUGAUCAACCAAGCCAAGAUGGCUGUUGUACAGCAAGCAGUGCGCGAACUCUCUGAGUACAAAAUAGGCUUACAUCUUCCUGCAAAAAGCAGUAUUGUUUCUGACCGUAACAACAAGAAGAUGCCGCUGGGCGAAGACUGCCGUAGCUGGAAGAAAAAGACGUCGGAUGUGAAGGAGCAUUACGACUUCAAGGACAUCCUGGGAACGGGAGCAUUCUCUGAGGUGGUCCUGGCAGAGGAGAAGCGGACCCAAAGAUUGGUGGCCAUCAAGUGCAUCCCCAAGAAGGCGUUAGAGGGCAAAGAAAACAGCAUCGAGAAUGAGAUCGCAGUCCUGCACAAGAUUAAACACGCCAACAUUGUUUCUUUGGAAGAAAUAUUUGAGAGUAAAUCACACCUCUACCUUGUCAUGCAACUGGUGUCUGGUGGGGAAUUGUUUGACCGCAUCAUCGAGAAAGGCUUCUACACAGAAAAAGAUGCCAGUAAACUCAUCCAGCAGAUUCUGGAUGCUGUCAAAUAUCUCCAUGACAUGGGAAUCGUCCACCGGGACCUCAAGCCAGAGAACCUGCUCUACGACAGCAUGGACCAGGACUCCAAAAUCAUGAUCAGCGACUUUGGCCUGUCUAAAAUUGAAGGCUCCGGCAGUGUGAUGUCCACAGCCUGCGGAACUCCUGGAUAUGUCGCCCCGGAGGUUCUGGCACAGAAACCCUACAGUAAAGCAGUGGACUGCUGGUCAAUUGGAGUCAUUGCCUACAUCCUGUUGUGUGGCUACCCUCCGUUUUACGACGAGAACGACGCCAAACUGUUUGAGCAGAUCCUGAAGGCAGAAUACGAGUUCGAUUCUCCUUACUGGGAUGACAUCUCAGAUUCAGCGAAAGACUUCAUCGUCCACCUGAUGGAGAAAGACCCCGGCGUACGCUACACCUGCGAGCAGGCCCUGCAGCACCCAUGGAUUGCCGGGGACACGGCGCUGGACAAGAACAUCCACGAGUCCGUCAGCGCGCAGAUCAAGAAGAACUUUGCUAAAAGCAAGUGGAAGCAAGCAUUCAACGCCACCGCAGUGGUCCGCCACAUGAGGCGUCUUCAGCUGGGCACCAACCAGGACGGACCCCACCAAGCAAACCUGCCGAGCCCGUGUCGAGAUCACCGACUGCCGGGAGAGGACCCUCAACUUGCAGAGUCUUGCUGCGAGGCGGGCUGCUCCCAGGCCGUGGACGGGGACGGCGUGGACCCUCUGUCCAACUGCAGCUACCGCUGCCACCCGACUAGUCGGGUGUGAUCCCUGCGCCGCCUAACUGCCUCAUUGACCCCAGUGAUUUUUUUCCAUUUUUUAACCCCCUCGGUGGAACCGGAGGUAGCUACUCCCCCGUCUCCCCGUCACGUCCUGGUUGGGAGUACGCCGUGGUUCCAACCUGUCGCCUGCAGGGGGAGCGAGUCUGUCCAGCCUGGGAAGGGAGGCAGGAAUGGGAAGAUGGUGACGGCUAUGACGACUCGUCGUGUGGCCGGGCUGGGAGUUUGUGCAAAAGCAAGGCGGGGAAGAUUGUUUAUUUCUGAAGCGGGACAGAGCUGAGACUAUUUUAAUGCGGCCUGCGCUAUUGUGGCUAUUUGUUUCGUGCAUGAUCAGGAGAGGAAGUCCCCGAGCAUGUUUUCUUAUCUUCUCAAAUAUGCCCUGCUUUUUCGUCUUGGAUGGAAGCCUUUGAAUGUACCACACCCUACGUAAGGACCGCAAAGUGAGCACAGAUCUGUCCGAGAAGACGAUCGGUGACCUUUAUGCAAACUCCAUCAUUAGCAUGUAGCCUUUUAUGAAAUGGUGUUUCCGUGCAGCUGUGGAAAAGGCUUCCCCCUUCCUCUUUCUCUCGACCUCUUUAACCGCGCCAGCGCAGGGAUCUCAUCUUCGUCUACGGUGCCUUUAGUGUGCGAAGGGUUUAUCGUCACGUGGGUUGUCUUUCUGCACAAUCCUCCGUAUGUUUUGUAAUAAUCACGUUUGUAACUUUGCCCGCCAGAGGCUAGUUUUACCUUUGUUUUUAAAUAUAGGCUGAUUUUUUAUGUUUCAAGCCUAAAGAUAAAUAAUGUGUGGAUGCAAAAAAAAAGACAUAUAUAUGCAUCUGUCGCUGUGUACUGUAACUAUCCUGCCAUCUUUUCCUCUUACGUUCUUUGCUCUUUUUGAAAUAUGCAUUUAUUUUUAUGUGGAAAAUAAUCUUGCAGUGUAAAUUGUUUAGUACCGUAUUUUCCGGACUAUAGAGCGCACCGGGGUAUAAGCCGCACCCACCAAAUUUUAGAAGAAGUACAUAUUUUUAAAUAUAUUAGCCGCACCUGACUAUAAGCCGAACAUAUACACUGGUAGGAGUUGUCCUGUAAAUGUUUAUUUGCAUACCUUUAUUGUUUGCAAACAGAGUCUGUAACAGGGCAGUAAAACAGCUGAUCAAACAAAACAGAAGUCAUCGUCAAAGCUAGCUUUCCAAUCGGCUAAACAGACUCAAUAACUCCACGGUGAUGUUUUGGUGAAUUUACUAAGGAAUUUGUGAAACUGAAACAAUACAAAAAGAAUGCCAUUGUAAAGUUAAUAUUACUAACACAGACAUUUGUAAAAGUGUUCGCAUGUUAACAACGUUAGCUUGAUUACAUUACAAUAGCAUGUACAAAUAUGCAUGAAAACACUCCUACAGACAUCACACAUGGGACGCCUUAGUAAGCAAGAAAUGUGUUAGUUAUAUUGUAAAACUUACAAACCUUGCUUGGAGUGAUCAAUGAGGAAUCCAUACGCGUUGUAAUGCUAUGAACUCCACGGUGACAUUUUGGUGAAUUUACAAAACUGAAAGGAUACACAAGAACGCCGUUAUAAGUUAAUAAUACUAGCACAUACACUCGUGAAUGUGUUAGCAUAUUAGCUAAUGCUAACGAUGCUCACUUGAUUACAUUAUGAUAGCUUGUGCAAACAUGCAUAAAAACACUCCUACAGACAUCACACAUGGGAUGGUUUAGUAAGGAAGAAUUGUUUUAGUUAUAUUGUAAAACUUACAAACGUUUGGAGUGAUGAAUAAAGAAUGCAUUUGAGUAGGAAUGCUAUGGAUGAUUUAACUUCCGGCUAAGGCAUGAAACAGGAAGUACAUUUUUAACCCGCAGCAACCUGCAGUGAGCGACCUCGUCCAAAAGAUGGUGCCGUAGCACAAACAAUAACACACCUUUUCAGUGUCUCUGUUGGUGUAAUAUGAAAACUAUUUGGUAAAAACAAAACUUAGAAAAACGAAGAAAACCCCAUAAAUUAGCCGCGCCGUUUUAUAAGCCGCAGGGUUCAAAGUUUAGGGGAAAAGUAGCGGCUUAUCGUCCGGAAAAUACAGUAAGUUAUUAAGGUCUUGUGUUGAGAGCAGAGAGGAGCUUUAAUGCACGUAUAUCUGUCUUGUAAUACUUUAAAAUGGUACGAAUGCUCUAGAUCAGUGGUUCUCAAACAUUUUUCACCAAGUACCACCUCAGAAAACACGUGGCUCUCCAAGUACCACCAUAAUGACCAACAUUAAAAUACAGUAGCGUAGUAGGCCUAAGUAUUGAUUAAAAACGAGACAAAGGUUGUAUUUAACAAGUAAAUAUAAUAUGUUUGGUCACUGUAACAUCACACACAGUUUGAACAGUGACACUGUGUUUGGAUAUGUAAUUAAAUUAUUUUGUCGUAGCACUGGUGGUACACGCACCACAGUUUGAGAAUCACUGAAUCACAGUAAACACCUGUGGUACUCAUGUGGCAGUGUGCAAAUGAAUUGUGAUCCAUAAGGAUCGGAGAACUACCAUGGAACCUCUCAAGUCGGACACCCUCAAAAGUGGUACAAGUCCAAGUUCAAACAAAAAAAAAAGAAAAAAGAAAACCCUCAAAGCUAACUCAGAGUUCAAUUCAUAAUUAUUGGUGACAUCUGCAAAGCACAUUAGACUUCAAAUAUUACAGAGUUUCUAUAGUUACCUGCACAAGCAAUACCUAUAAAACACCACCAGGUGACAGUAUUGCUCUCCAAACACCUUACUGUUUGAAACAAGUCUAACUUCAAGGGGUGUUUUGUUAGUAGGGCUGGGCAUCUUUGGGCACCACACGAUUCGAUUCUUCGGGCUAACAAUUAAUUGAUUUGGUUUCAUCGUUUAAGAAUCGUGAUUCAUUCGGAAAAAAAAAAAUGUUGCUAUGUUGUGUAGAGGUUAGCGCCCGAGCAGCAAAGGCUGCAGAGCUCUAUUGCCUUUCGGGUUUUUGAGGCCUUCAGCAUGAACAAUAACUCAUUUAUUUUUGCAAGCGCGUUUAGUCUGGCAAUAUUUUUUUUAAGAGUACCAAAAAACUAAAUUUUUAAAUUUACUCUCUGGUGCCCCCUUAAUAUUAUUAUUAUAAUUUUUUUCUUAAACAUUAGCCCCUGCCACCAGAUUCACGUUUCGUCACGAAAAUUCCUGGAGACGUCCAUCGUGACAGAACGCACGUAAAAGUCCCAAAAGCCCAUAUUUGGAAACAAUCUGGAAGUUGGCCAUCUUGGCUACCGUCGACUAUUUCUAGGCCAAAAACAGGGGUCGUACUUCAACAAACUCCUUCUUAAGGACUUUGAACAAACAAACAAACAAACAAAAAUCCUCAAACAUAACUUGGAGUUCACGUCAUAAUCAUUGGUGACAUCUGCAUAUCACAUUAGACUUCAAAUAUUACAGAGUUUCUAUAGUUACCUGCACAAGCAAUACCUAUACAACACCACAGGGUGACAGUUUUGCUCUCCAAACGCUUUCCUGUUUGAAACAUGUCACUCUUCAAAGGGUUUGUCGUUAGUAGGGCUGGGAAUUUUUGGGCACCACACGAUUGAAUUCUUAGGGGUAACAAUUCAUCGAUUUUUGAUUGUUUUAAUCGUUUAAGAAUCGUGAUUCAUUCGGAAAAAAACAAUCAAACAAGGCAAUACCUAUAAAACACCACCAGGUGACAGUAUUGCUCUCCAAAUGCCUUCCUGUUUGAAACAUGUUUCCCUUCAAAGAGUGUGUCGUUAGUAGGGCUGGGAAUCUUUGGGCACGACACGAUUCGAUUUUUAGGGGUAACAAUUAAUCGAUUUGGUUUAAUCGUUUAAGAAUCAUUCAUCAUCAAGUAGAUUCAUUCGUAAAAAAAAAUUGUUGAUACCCCUAGAAGUUAGGAGCUGGGGAGCCCUAUUGCGUUUCGGGUUUUUGAGGCCCUCAACAUGAACAAAAACUCAUUAAUUUUUGCAAGCGCUUUUAGCCUGGCAAUAUUUUUGGAGUAUCUAAAAACAACAUUUCAAAAUUGGCGCCCCCUUAAUAAUUAUUAUAAUUUUUUUAAUAUUAGCCCCUGCCGCUAGAUUCACGUGUCGUCACAAAAAUUCCUGGAGAAGUCCAUCAUGACAGGACGCACGUAAAAGUCUCACAAACCCAUAUUUGAAAACAAUUUUUCGGCUAAAAACUGGGGUUUUACUUCAACAAACUCCUCCUCUGGACUUUGACCAAAUGAGCCGCAAUUGGAAUGACGGACACUAGACAGAUGGGCGAUGAUAAAUUGCGAGGGAGUUCCGCCGACGCUAUAGAAUGUGGGUGUGGCAUGGCACCAAAAUUAGAUCUGAUGGUUCGCCUGUCUAUCUGUGUUGGCCUUGUGACGAGGUGGCGACUUGUCCAGGGUGUACCCCGUCUUCCGCCCGAAUGCAGCUGAGAUAGGCUCCAGCACCCCCCGCAACCCUGAACGGGAAAAGCGGUAGAAAAUAGAUGGCUGGAUGGGUUUGCCACAAAACUUUCAACAUUUAUUACUCAGCUCCACAAAUUCAGAUCUUGAUUGGAAUUGGUACACAUGCGACACCCCAAAGUGCCAUACGGGACUCGGUACCUAGUCAUAUCCAUCGGUAGUGGGCGGAGCCUGGCGGGAAAAACUUCUCCACAACCAUCAAACUGUCUUUACCCACUUAAGAUAAUCAGAACUACCAAUAUCGCCCCCUUGUGGUGGAAAAUGUUAAUGUCAUAACUUCCCUUCACAUGUUUCGAUCUUCCUGAGAUUUUGGAUGGUGGGUCUGAGCACUGGGAAGGACUUGACUGCAUUCUACUUGACUUAGUUGCAAAAUAUUCAGUGGGUUACUACGAAUGUAUAUAUUUUCUUGUGUAUGUUGUUUUUAAAAAAUCGAGUCUUAACACAAGAAAUGUGAACAACUUGGAAUAUUACAGAACGGCUUGUGUAUGACUUUGGAGGUUCCACUGUAAGUUGUCGCACUCAUGAAAAAGUCUUAACUUAAUGGCACCGCUUUAAGAUAUAUAGAUAUAUACAUUUUUCAUGGUAUAUGUUUAAGCUUUAUUCGGCAUUUCUGUAGGAUAACUGGUUGUGUAGUCGGACUGCAACUGUGAAGUUGUUCAACUGUAACUUUUCAGGGUUUCCCAGUGAUUCAGUCAAUAUGGUGUUUGAAAAUACUCAACUGGCGACAUUUCCUUGAUGGAUCACGUGGAUUUUUAACACCUCGGGAUGGGAAUAGCUAAGAGUUUUCCAGUUCCAGUUCCACUUUUAGUUCUGCUUAAAGAGUCGGUUCCUUAACGGUUCUCUUAUCGAGUUUUAUUAGGAAAAAAAAGGGUGGAAAGUGGUGGAUUAGCCUCAGUUAGGUCGGGUUUAAAGGUAACAUGACCUUACAGAGCCUACAGUGAGGUCACAUACGUAGCUUAGAAGAAAACAUUGUAACUUUCCUCUGACUACAUUGAGCGUUCACCUACCGGAAAUCAGGAGCACUGUGGCAAAAUUGUGCAAGCUUUGGACCACAACCCAAAAUAUUGAAAGAGCCAUAUUGGACCAAAAUUACAAAAACUAAUCUGUCUGGAGCCGCAAAAACUUAAAAGCCUCAUAUAAAUGUUAUAAUGAAGGCAACACAUGAUGUAAGUGUCUAUAUUAGCUGUAUUAGCCUCCUAUCAAAAUGGCUGACACAUAUAUUAUUUAUUCUACACAUGUUUACAACAUUGGAAAACAUUAGUAGAACAGAGGCUUCUCAGAGGGUGAGAUAACUCCUGGAAAUGACUGUCUUAGAGAGGCCGAAGGUAUAUAUGUGUGUGUCCAAGUUAAAAGGAAUGUCAGGCUGUCUUCUUCUGGUGGAUUUAAUACACUCUUUGCAAGCUUUUCAAUCAUUGCUGUGGUCUGGAACAACAUGGCACACAAACAACUAUCAGAAAUACUGCCAAUCUUACAUACAGAUAAUGUGUCAUGAGACAUGCAAAUAUAAAUUAAAUACACAGAGGACAUAAGUAAAGGAAAUUAAAUGAGCUCAAAUAUACCUACAUACGAGGCAUAACGAUGUAAUAUGUACAUACAGCUAGCCUAAAUGGCAUGUUAGCAUAGAUUACGUUGCAUCAACAUCAAAAAAAGUUCACCUUUGUGCAUUCACGCACAGCAUAAAAGGUUUGGUGGACAAAAUGAGACAAAGACGGAGUGGCAUAGAACACGUCUUUCUGUGGCAGCGUCGGAGAAAGUUGUACAUGUAAACAAAUUAUGGUGAGUUUAAUGACCGCUGAAAUUAGUAGGACAAAACGCGGCUCGCCAAACACUCUCAUCAGUGAAGCAUGUUUAAUAUAAACAGUGGGAUUUCUAGCAAUUAGGGAGGUUUGUGUCAUGUUUGUCCUUCUAGAGAAACAAUAUUAAAACAAAAAAAAAUUUUUUUCCCUCAUCUUUUUCCAUUUCCACACAUUUUUGAAAAAGCUUCAGGGAGCCACUAGGGUGACGCCGCCAAUUGUAAUCAGAACCGUUAAGAGAACCGCUUGACAAAAAAGGCGAGCCAUUUUGAGGAUUUGAUACACGUUCAAUUCCCAUCCCUAUUAACAACGAAAGACUCUCUCCGACUGUUCUGAACUUCUGUUUCCGUGCACGUUGAGCAGGAUAAUCCGAUGCAGUCGCCAACGUGCUUGAAGACGCCAAAUCGACCCGAUUUUGAUUGAUAAAUGGAAUGACUAUCUAAAAAUGAGAGGUCAUCUGAAAGGGAAACUGUAAUAAAUGUUCUGACUGUACUUGUUGGAAAGUCGUCCAAACUGCCCUGAGAACAUUCCUGGUCAUGAAACAAUCAAUAACCACGUAGCCAUGACCUCACCGCUCGAGUCUGCGGUAGGAAAGUAGACGGACAGGAAGACGUUUUUACAAAUAUUUCUGCUUUCAAUUACAAAUGCUAUGAUUUGUAUUCUUUCGGGGCGGAAAAGAGGUAAACAGCGUCCUCUUACUUCGGGUUUACGUUUCAAGGAUUUGUCGUGCAAACGAGUGAGUCAUGAAAUAUGUCGCCUUUUUCUUUCAACGGUGUUUUGAGCUGUACACAGAGAAGCAAUGCAUCGUGGGCUGUGGGAAAAGUGGCUGUACGUGAAACACAUUAAACUGGUCUAUGCAGUAUA